AGAAAAGAGAAACACUUCUUUCUUCGUAAGUAAGUAAAAAAUAUAAGACGCUUUCGAAUGAACGCUAUAAUAUCACCAACACCGGUUCUCUUUAUUCCUGAUAAGAAUUCGGUUGGUAAAAUAUUCUAUCAUAAACCAGAAGGAGACAUUUGCCGAUUAAAAAUAUCCAAGUUGAACGUUCUAAAUGCUCAUCAUCUGCAGACUAAUGGUGAUAAAGGACAGUAUAGUUUGACUGUGGAUCCUUCCGUACAUAUUACUUCUGGUUUAUUUUUGGCUACGGUGUUUCUUAAUUGUAUUUCAAAAGAAACGCUUAAAACUUAUACUUCAAAUACUGUAAACGUUUUCGCUGGCGAACCUGAAAAUCAAAUUGGAACUCUUAAUGACGACCCACAUUUUCUUCAAUCUGUUAGAGAUAGCAAUACGAAAAAUUUUGUCAGGAUUUGUUAUGAUGUUGUUGGUGAAUCUAAUCAAUAUAUAUUUAUCGCUGGAAAUCGGCAUUUGAAUAUAUCUAUUUAUGGCGUACUGAGAGAUGAUUACUACAUGAGUAGUGUCAUUAUAAAAACAUCUGCUGGAGAAGUAGUGAUUACUGUUGAUGGAGUUAUAGUAAACAAUCGAUUAAUUGAAUUGGAUUCAUUGGAUCCAUUUAAUAUUGAUACUCACGAUUUUCAUAUAUCAGAAUCAGAAAAAGGUUUGGCCAUAAAGCAUCAUCACGCUAAUUUUCCAACAAUUUACAUCUAUCAUCAAACUAAUGAUGUAUCAAGUAGAUUUUUGAACUUUGAACUAUCAUCACUUUAUCAAAUUGAUACUGGCGUAAUGGGAACUAUUGAACAAAAAAUGUUUGAAUUCUAUGAAAGAGUACAAGAAAAUUCAUUCGCCGGAGCCGUAAAAGUAGAUCAUUUUCUUAAUAGAGCAUGGUUAGCUAAACGAGGACGAAAUGAAUGUUGGCUAGUAGAUACCAAUGAUUUAUUAAGACCACUUACAAUAAAUAACUUUAUUAAAAGUACUGUAUAAGUGUAUAAGUUAAUGAAAAUUUUUAUAUCUUUCUUAUUUAAAGUAUACAUUUUUUCAUUAUUGAAAAUACAAUAAUCUUUACUUCGCUAAA